AUGCUGCAGGAUCUUCGAGCGCAUGGUCAGCAAGUAUCCGCACCCCGCGGCCUAUUCGGUAGGGGAAAGGGGCAAGAAGGACGAUGGAAAGUUAGUGCACCUUGCAGUGGCUUCUCGUGGGACAAGGCUGGGAGGGACAUUGCUGUGAUCUGGAGGGGAAAGAGAACGAUGAAGUAUCAGGAAGCCUAUGGGUUCCCUGGAGGCAGCCAUUCUCCGGUGGAAGGAGCCCUCCAAGCAUCCACCAGGUCCUCCAAGAGCGCGACGGAAUCUGCGCGGAUAAGUCGGCAUAGGCGUCACCCGCGCCACUCAGACAAGCAGACAAGCGAGGUGGAAGUUGCUGGACCGACCGCGAAGAUGGUGUAUGAAUUGGACCACCUGCGCGCACAAGACGUCUGCCGCUGAGGCCAGACUACCGUGGAGUGGAGAAACUGGAGGAAAUGGCUUGUUACAAAUCCCAGAUUAUCUAUAUCGGCGGCAGCGUUGCCAUCAGGAGAGACGUGGGCGCACCGACGAGAAAUCGGAUGUGAAGCGGGCGACUAUGGUGGGGAGGUCUGGGAGGUAAGGCUGGCGAAAACCCACAAACGGGUCCCCGUUUGGACCCGUGGGUUUUGGGUCCGGCUUGGACCCAAAAACCCAAAUGGGGACCCGUUUACGGGUCCUUAGCGCUUUGGGUUU